UAUAAAUCAGAAUUUUGGAAUUAAAUUUAGAAGUUCAACAAUAAACCUAUUUUUUUUUUAAUUAAAACGCAUAAUAUGAAAAACGGUUUACAAAUAUACUUAUGUAGUUAAUGUAAAUACACUUAUGUAUUUGUGUGUAUCCGAGGAUAUGAUAUCAUGUAAAUGGCCGCCGCUACAGUUGAUUGUCAUUUGAGCCCUUUUUAUGGCAUUUUCCAUCACUUUGGCCAGACACUAGGUCCUCACAUUCUUGACGGAUUAAGCGUAUGUUAGACGCGAUUGGCGGUCAGCAGCUAACAGCUGAUGCACCGUCUGGACUUUGUACAGAAACAUCUUCAAAUCCUGUACCAAAAUUUACUGUAAACACCGUCGACUGAUACCCAUUUGCGUGGCACGUCGUCUGGUCGAUGUCGACGGUGCUUCCAUGACAUCCUCGAUAACUGCAGCAAUAUUCUCCGAGGUCUGCCACGCCUAAAAGUAUCUCGUGUUGUACCAGUCUCUUCGAGGCGAGCGGCUAAACGUCGCAGUGUUUCACCAGUAGGUGUCGGACAGCCAGGAAAUCUGUGCCGAAAUUCACGUUUCGCAUGUGUUUACUACACACAUGUCAACACAGAACUGACAUUAGAGGUCAAUUGCAGAAUUUAUAGUAUCUUCUGAUAGGCGGAUUACUUUUGUAUACAUAUGUACAUGGUUAUUACUUUGACACGAUUCCGAUUUCUUUGGCGGUCGGGUAAAAACACGAAUUUCGGUAUAAAUGAGGUAUGCACGGAUAGAGGAGCUUCUCCAGAGGAGGCAUAUGCAAAAAUAAUGUUGCUAACACUUAUGUUUUUUUAAAUAUUCCCGAUUAAAAAUUCAAAAUUAUUAAUUAAUUAAAACUUAAGGGGUAUUCUCUUGCUCUUGCAAAACCCGGUGCACGGUGCAAGCAUUGCAGAUUUACAACGGCACAACAACAAACACACGCAGAAAAUUAUUUGCAAGGGCUGUGAAAUAUGUCAGACCAAAACCCAUGUAUAUUAGCGUGCAAUGUCACGCAAAAAUAAAAUUGCAACCCUGUUGUAGUUGCCAUUUUACAUAAAGACAUAUUACGUCUUUAAACUGUUGAGAAAGGUAAAUUUUAAUUAGAUUUUAUAAUUUCUAUUUAAGUUAUAAAGUUUUGUUACAGUUUUUUUGUUAGAAAUGCAUGCAGAAGGUGCGCCAAUUCACAAUAGCCAUGCACAAUAGUCAUUUACAAUAAAUUGACUGAAUCAGUCGCUCAUAUAUCACUAGAUUCUGCAAUGGGUGCUCUCGUGCCCUUGUAUAUUUUGGUAUAGUAUUUUUGCAAUCUGCAAUCUUGCAAGAGCAAGAGAAUACCCCUUUAGUAUUUCACAAUGUUUCACUAAAUUUGUUUACAUUUUUCACUUUGCACAUAUAAAUAUAAACCCUAAGCAUUGAAAUAAGUCCAUAGUUCACUUUUAUUUUGUUAUAUUUUAUCUUUAUUUAUUAAUUUAAAAAUCACUUAACAUACUCAUUAUUGAAAAGGUUAGAGUGUUAACAAUUAUGAGGAAAACGAGCUUUGCCACAUCUUAAACACCAAAUAUGUGGGAUUUUCAACGAUUUUUCUUUAUUUGUAUUUUCUCGUGAUCCUUUUUUCUCUAUUAACUAUAAUAAAACAUAUUUUUUUUUUUACAUUUUUCAAGCUAUAAUUGAGUGGUGAACACUUUUUCCUUAUACAUACAUACAUAUGUAUAUGUAUACUAUGUGAUUUAUAUUUAAUAUGCACAAAUAAGUAAAUUCUAUGAUAAUAUUAUGAAAUUUGUAUCAUAUCGAGGUGACUGAAGUACCUUUGCGUAGUACUCCUUUCUGUGUUGGCGGUCUUCGGCCGUGCUUAAAAAAAAAAAAAUAACUCUAGUCGAGCUAAUACUCGCCAAUGAUUGAAGUACUUUUGCGUAGUAAUCCUUUAAAAGUAUAAGUAUUUUAUUACGUAAUAUUUUUAUUUAAUAUUACUUAUUAUUGUUUAUUAAAUUUAAAUAGAAAAUAUCCAUAUGCAUGGAAAGUUGUUAAUACUCAUAUUUGAAAUAUAAUUUAUAGAAGCUUGUUUUUAUUAGAACCAAGAUUGCUAAAUAAAGAAAGAGGAAUUGUAGCGAAAAAGAGAAAUUUCAGCGAAUUGCUCAUAUUUGCUUAUUAUCAUAUGGCACCGCUCCAUCUUCUUCUUUACUGGCGUAGACACCGCUUACGCGAUUAUAGCCGAGUUAACAGCAAGGCUGUCGUUUAGUUUUCAUUGGUACUGUUUUUACGUGGUGGGUCCCAAACCGCUCCAUCUGUAUAUAUAUAAAAAUAAGUCCGUAUAUGUAUGUACGUCGCCGAACUAAUCAUAAACGCGUCGUGCGAUUUCAACCAAACUUACACACUACGUAGGCAGUGGCCCAUAUGAAGUUUGGUUGAAAUCCGAUAACGCAUGUGUGUGAGAUGCCUAUGUGAAGUGAGUGUGUUUUUGCCGCAGGCGUUUUUGUACCGCAUACAGCAUUCAUUAGUAUUGAAUACGGGUACAUUUUGGUCGUUUGUGCACGGAGUGAUGCAAAUAGCAAUUUGUUAUCAUUUCUCUUUUCUCUUUGGGCGUCUUUGGUGAUUGAUCUUAUCGUAAUCGAUUUUUGAAAAUAUUAAUUUCUUCGCAUUUUUUGGUGAGUAUUUUGAUAAAAAAUAAAUUAAUUUUCGUUCUAAUUAUCGUUUUAAUUUGAAUAUUUUGUUAAACAAAAUUAGAAAAAAAAACAAUGAUUACUGAGAUAAAAAUCGAUUGUUUUGCUAAACAAGUGUUCUGAUUGUUACAAACGACAUAAUCACAAAUUUGAUAUUUUGUGAAAAAAAUUAAAAAAUUGAGUGAAUUUUUUUUGUUUAAUGUCCGAUCAGUGAGCUAGAUCAGCAGAUUUUCGUGUCUUUUCGUCACUUUUUGGAGCUUUUCGAGUGCAGACGAUCUCGAACGUUUCAUUUUCGCUUCCGAACGGUAAGACAAAAAUUAUUUUGAUUUUUUGGCCAAUUUUUAAUUGAAUUUUGACACAUUUUCAGCUUUUCGAGUCCAGAAUUUGCUGGAUUUCAUAAAUUUAUUACUGAAGUUCUUUAUUAUCUUUAGUUUAGUUUCUUCUAAAAAUCCCACGAAGAGCAAGAACUGACAUUGGACGUCGGUCGCGUAGAACGCAAAAUAGAUCAAACGAAACGGAAAAUCAAUCGCAAGAACAGCGGAGAACAAGAGAUUGCAAAUACAAGGAACGUGUUGCAAGAUCGGUUUCAGAUCGCAGGCCGACAAGUAUUAAUCAAAAUGUUCAAAGGCGUGCCACACAAAUCUACGUUAAUGUUGUUUGUUGUUGUUGGUGCUAGAUUUAGAUAUAAUCACGCAAUUGAUUACAGUUUGCAUAAGUUUGUGGUUAUGCACAUUGAAUUAUGAUGCGACAAAAUCAGGAAAAUCAUAUUUUGAAAUGUCGGAGACUCUUUCAUCAAUAUGUCGCAGACAUGUAUGCAAAGAUAGAAACAGAGCGUUUGAACUUUAUUCAAUUCAAUCAACGGAAGUUGCGAUCAGAAGAGUAUAUACAUCUCCGCGAAGCAAUCAAUAAUGAUGGAAAUGUUGACAAUGUUGGACAAGUUGUUAUUUUACCAGCAAGUUACACAGGCAGUCCAAGGCACAUGCGUGAAUAUGCAAAUGCUAUUUGCUAUGUUCGUUUGUAUGGUCGACCAGAUUUGUAUAUUACAUUUACAUGUAAUCCACAAUGGGACGAAAUCAAGCAAUAUUUAUCUGAAGGGCAAUCUUCUACAGACCGUCAUGACAUAACUGGACGAGUAUUUAGACAGAAGCUUAAGUCAUUGAUGGAUUUUAUUGUUAAACAUCAAGUUUUCGGCGAAGUUCGAUGUUGGAUGUAUUCGGUGGAAUGGCAAAAGAGAGGAUUACCGCAUGCCCAUAUUUUGGUAUGGUUAGUCAACAAAAUAACAAGCGAUCAAAUAGAUGACAUCAUCUCAGCAGAAAUUCCUGAUCAGGAAAUCGAUUCAGGUUUAUUUGAUGUUGUUACAAAAAGUAUGAUUCAUAGACCAUGUGGUGUUCUAAAUAUUAAUUGGCCAUGUAUGAAAGGUGGGAAAUGCACGAAGCGGUAUCCCAGAGAUUUGAUUUCCGAGACAAUUAAUGGAUACCCAUUGUAUCGCCGACGCUCAACGGAUGAUAAUGACAAAUCAAUAAAUCUACGAGUCAAUAAUCUAGAUAUUACAAUUCAUAAUAGGUGGGUUGUCCCCUUUUCGCCAAUACUAUCAAAAGCAUUCAAAGCUCAUAUCAAUAUAGAAUAUUGCAAUUCUGCUAAAUCGAUUUAAUAUAUCUGCAAGUAUGUAAAUAAAGGCAGCGACAUGGCUGUGUUUGGUGUUGCAGAGAACCGAAAUGAUGAAAUUACACAAUAUCAAAUGGGAAGGUAUGUAUAUCCGUAGCAAUGAGGCAGGCAAUUUGCUAAAACAUUGCUUUAUUCACAAGUACCAACAUAUUACACUUGGAAUGCAUUUGGAAAGAAAUGGAACAGACGUAAGCAAGGAAGACCAGUUCAAGGUUAUGCUGGCAUUUUUGAAAGUGAUGCCAUUGGACGUCUCUACACAGUGCAUCCCAGUCAUGCUGAAUGUUUUUAUUUGCAUCUAUUAUUGAUUUAUGUUCGUGGGCCCACAUCUUUUUUGAGUUUGAAAAGAGGUAACGGGGUCACACUUUUCGUCAGGAAUUGCAUUUACUGGAAGAUGAUAAUCACUGGGAUGCGACACUUAGGGAUGCAUCAGCAACAGGUUCUCCUCAUCAAAUACGAACAAUAUUUGCUAUUAUUAUUGUAACAUGUUUUCCAUCUGAUCCACUGCAAUUAUGAGAAAAUUUUAAGGAUUUUAUGACCGAAGACAUUUUGCAUCGAAUACGGCGAAUUGCAGGAAAUAACUAUUUAAUGAUUACACUUGAAAUGUUUAAUGAGGCAUUGAUUAUCAUUGAAGAUAUUUGUUUGGUAAUUGCAAAUAAGGCAUUGACACAAUUGGGUUUGGCAGCUCCAAAUCGACCAAUGCAUGAUGCAUUCAAUCAAGAAAUAAACCGUGAAAAACAAAAUGAUUUGAAUGAGUUGACCACAUUUAUAAACUUGAAUUUGCGUAAAUUGAAUCCAGAAUAGAGACACACAUGUGAUACCAUAAUGGAAUCAGUACGAAACGAAACUGGAGGAAUGUUUUUUUUAGACGCUCCAGGAGGAACUGGCAAAACAUUUCUGAUUUCCUUGCUAUUAGCGACUAUAAGAUCACAGAGUAAUAUAGCAUUGGCAUUUGCAUCAUCUGGAAUAGCAGGGACGUUAUUAGAUGGUGGUCGGACAGCCCAUUCUGCACUUAAAUUACGACUGAAUAUGAAUGUAAAUGAAAAUCCCACCUGUAAUGUUUCCAAAAAUUCGGGAAUGGGCAAAGUCUGCAACAAUGCAAAUUAAAAGUGUGGGAUGAAUGUACAAUGCCCCAUAAGAAAUCAGUGGAAGCGUUAGACAGGACAUUGCAAGACUUGCGUAGUAAUGAUCAACAGAUAUUUGGUGGCGCCUUGAUUCUGUUGGCUGGUGAUUUUCGUCAGAUAUUGCCUGUGAUUCCCCGUUCAACACCAGCAGAUGAAUUAAAAGCAUGUUUAAAGUCAUCUUAUUUAUGGAGACAUGUAAAAAUACUCAAUUUGACUACAAAUGUGCGAGUACAAAUUCAAAACGAUCCAUCGGCCGACACAUUUUCAAGGCAACUGCUGGCAAUAGGUAAUGGUCAACUUGCUGGUGAUCGUGAAACUGGCUUAAUCACUUUACCAGAUAACUUUUGUAAUAUUGCACCAACAAAAGAAGAAUUGGUGUCAAGUGUUUUUCCAAAUAUUGCAGAAAAUUAUCGCAAUCAUAAUUGGUUGGCUGAAAGAGCUGUAUUGGCCGCUAAAAAUAAACACGUUGGUCAAACGAAUGCAGACGUUUUAACCCAUGUUCCUGGCGAGGUUGUAACAUAUCAAUCAGUUGGCACGGUUACGAAUCAAGACGACGCUGUUAAUUAUCCGACAGAAUUUUUGAAUUCAUUGGAUUUACCCGGAUUUCCACCUCAUCGUUUACAAUUGAAAGUGGGUGCUCCCAUUAUUAUGCUUCGAAAUAUAAAUCAACCACGAUUAUGCAAUGGGACAAGAUUAGGGGUUAAAAAGGUCAUGAACAAUUUUAUCGAAGCAACAAUUUUAAAGGGGAAGUUUAAAGGUGAAGAUGUAUUGAUUCCACGCAUUCCAAUGAUUCCAUCAGAUUUAUCUUUUGAAUUCAAAAGACUACAGUUUCCAGUACGUCUUGCAUUUGCUAUUACAAUAAAUAAAGCGCAAGGGCAAUCGUUGGAAUUCUGUGGAAUUGAUUUAGAAUAUCCUUGCUUUUCACUCGGCCAGUUAUAUGUUUCGUGCUCACGUGUUGUUCAGUUCUCUUUAUCUACACAAUAACUCAUGGCAAAACCAAAAAUGUUUCUACGAAAGAGCUCUAAAAUAGUUUGAGUGAUACAUACUCUAAGAUUGUAAGAAACUAGAAUUAAAAGUUGAAUAAUAGGGAACAAAACCAACUUUAUUAAAAACAAGUGUGUUUCUUUUCUUAUUUUGUUUUUGCCGUGCGAGCAGGCACCGGGCCCGCUAGUAUUUAUAUAUAUUUUUAAUUUUAUAUACUUCUAUAUAUUUUUAAAUUUAUAAAUAUUAACGCGGAAUUCAAAUUAAAUGAAUAUGAAAAUAAUUACAAAACGGCAAAAAAGAAACGGUACAUUGUUUAGUUGUAAUAAUACCCGUUAUAGAAAAUGUAAUUUAAAGAGGGUGAUAUACCCUAUUUAACAUAACUUUUAGUUUUCAUUUGUGCAUUGGCAGUCUUCGGCCGCGCUCAAAAGAAAUCGUGGCUGAUCCCACACCAGAGUAAACGUUAGUCCAUUCGCGUCCGACUUCUUUUUGCAUUGGCGGUCUUCGGCCGCGCUUCAAAAAAAUAACCUUUGCCGAUCAAAAGUCAUGACAUAUCAAGAAGUUAUUGAAGCAACCAAUGCACAUUCAAAAAAGUUGGCCGACAAUCGGUGAUACACCUAACCUACUUACACCCCCUAAUGAUCAGUACACUUUUUAUGAUCAUUUUACCAUUAUAUUUGAGAUAAAUGCUACACAAACACGACUCCACCUAAAGACGAGAAGCUUUUGGCGAUGAAUUGAUGAAACCUUUAGACGAACUACUCUUCCCUACAACAUGUUGUCGGCUAACCAAUCAUUAUCAUUCAUUGAUUCAUGAUUAUGAACCGCAUUAAGAUUGCAUGCGACGCAUCAAUAUUUAAGCUUCCCCGCGUACUGAGGGAAAGCCACAAUUGCUAAACUGAAUCAAAUGAAGAGAUUAUAGAGACAUGCGACCGUCUUGACCAAUCUAAAGCUUUAGUACCAGAUGGCAUUCUCAAAAAAGUGCUGAAACAACGAUUGUUAGGAGCAUAGACCCUUUUAGAAUACUGUGUCAUAUAAAUUAUUUUCAAGUUCACAUAUUUAUAAUUCCUAAAUGUAUUUUAGAAGCAUUAAUGUGGGGUUUGAGCAACACGGAAACCCUUUUUCUCAAGAAGAUUCGAACAACAGACUCCGAACCAGAAAAUGCCAAUGCUAGAUGACUACUUGACGAGAAAAUGCGUAGCCAUACGCAUGUUUCAAUAUAACUGGAGUGUAUUUUUUUUUAAAGUAACUGCUAAACCUUUUUGUCUUUUUGUAAAAACUAUGUGACGCUGGUGACAACUUAAAUUAUAAUCAAAAUAUCUUUUUCCAAAAUUAAUUGUUAACGUUUCGUUUUUGUAAUACUCAUUUUCAUUAUUAAAUAAAAUUUGUACAUUUUAAAUUGUAAAACAAUAUGAAAUCGCAGUACCCGAAUUUAAUUUCACAAAAGAAGUUAACCAGUAAGUGCGUGGGUACAACUCCUACAUUAAUAUAUUAAAACAUAAAUAAAUGUAUGAAGAAGAACCGGAAAUUGUUUACAGCCUUGAUUCGGAAUUAAAAAAAAAAACUUACAAAACUUCAAAUAUUAUAUCUAUCCUCCAUGUAUAUAUCUUCUGAAACUAGAUUUUAUCU